CCAAUAAAAGAAGAGAAUGUAGUCUGUUGAACGCAGAGGUCUUUCCUUGUUUCGAUCGGUCCGGUUAUUCAAAGCGUGAAUAAAUAUAAAUUAUCUCUAAUAAAUUUCUCAAGAUGACGACACUCAGGCCUUUCACAUGCAACGAUUUAUUCAAAUUCAACAAUGUGAAUCUGGAUCCUCUCACAGAAACAUAUGGGCUUUCGUUUUAUAUGCAUUAUCUUGCACACUGGCCAGAGUACUUUCAAGUGGCUGAAUCUCCAAGUGGCGAAAUAAUGGGUUAUAUUAUGGGAAAGGCAGAAGGACAUGGAGAAAACUGGCAUGGCCAUGUAACAGCUCUCACAGUUUCCCCAGACUAUAGGAGACUAGGUCUUGCUGCAAUGUUGAUGAAGUUCCUUGAGGAAGUUUCAGAAAAGAAACAGGCCUAUUUCGUGGAUCUUUUUGUAAGAGUCAGCAAUAAGGUGGCCAUUAAGAUGUAUCAACAAUUAGGAUAUAUCGUUUAUAGGACAGUACUAGAAUAUUAUAAUGGAGAUCCAGAUGAAGACGCAUAUGAUAUGAGGAAAGCACUAUCGAAAGAUGUGAAAAAGAAAUCUGUAAUUCCGUUGACACAUCCUGUGAGACCCGAGGAAGUAGAAUGAAAGGUUUCAACAAUAUCUGUGUAUUACAUAAAAUGCAUUACUUAAAAUAUAUUGAUUAUUUAAUUCCGACUUUUAA